CACACAAAGCUCAGGUAAAAUAUCAGUGCUGUCUCCUGUAUGGAAAAUUUUAUUUUGAAGGUACCAGGUCUUAUUUUGAAAUGAAAGUCGGAGAUUGCGUAUGUUGUGGAGCAGAAAGGAGCGUCACCGGCUGGAGGAGUAGAAGCUGCUCCGCACGAGACACAAACCCGAAGAGAAGAGAAGAACAAUCACAAGUAAACAACAACAAGUAAACACACCAGGGAAUAAAGAAGGAGAAGAGACCCGGAGGAGGCCGGAAGCAGCAGAGACUUUGGUUUUCUUCACACACUCCAACAGCUGCUCCAGCUGCCAGUCAGCCUGGAUCGGGCCCCGCCCCCUCAGCAGGAUGGAGGGAAGCGGCUCGGCAGGAAAUCCCAGCGCUGCCUCGUCUCGCUCAUUUCCUGCCCCAGCUGACGAGGCAAUGCUGCAACCAGACGGCCGAGUCUCAGAGUCUCAGGACGAAGACCAAGAGAGCUGCGAGUCAAGCAGUCUGUCCAAGUCACAGAACCACCAGAGUCCAUCGUCUGAGGACCACCGGAGUCCAUCGUCUGAGGACCACCAGAGUCCAUCGUCUGAGGACCACCGGAGUCCAUCGUCUGAGGACCACCGGAGUCCAUCGUCUGAGGACCACCAGAGUCCAUCAUCAGAGAACCACCAGAGUCCAUCGUCUGAGGACCACCAGAGUCCAUCGUCUGAGGACCACCAGAGUCCAUCGUCUGAGGACCACCAGAGUCCAUCGUCUGAGGACCACCAGAGUCCAUCAGAUAGUCAACAUUCUGAAGAGAAACCAGACCAGCCAGAUCUCACCAAACAAACCAACCACAAGGAUUCCCAGAAAGCAGAAAACUUUCCUGAAACAAAGAAACUAAACACACCAGAUUCAACUUCUUCAGAAGAUAAGCCAAAUCCAGAUCAACCAGAACCAGAAAGUGUUUCUCCAACUAAACUAGAUCAAAAUAAACUAGAUCCUGUUCCUGCAGGGCAACAAAAAUUGAGAGGUUCUCUAAAAUUACUACAAUCAGAUCAUCUUUGUGGACACCAGAAGAACCCAGGAAUUCCUCUUGGACCAAAACACAAACAACAACCAGGUCAGUCCCAGGAUCCACCAGACCAGAGGGACCUUUGUCUUCCAGACCCAGAGCCUGAAGAGGACCCUCGUCCUCCUCCUCCAUCGAAGGAUUCAACUGCUCUCAGUUCAACACUUGAUAAACAAAUCCAGAAGGAGCUCAAGUUCCAUGUCUCCAAGUCCAAAGACCUGCAGAACCUCCAGGAUGCACCUACAGAGAACCUGACUUCAGCUGCACAUGAGAGGGAUCAGGACCACCAGGACUCUCCUCACCUGAACACCCAGCAGGCUCCUCCUUCUGCAGACCUGCAGACCCACCUGUGUCCUCCCACCGUAUCUCCGGCCCCGCUGACUCCGCCCCUCACCAUGGAGGCAUUCUGUGACCAGGUGCACCCUGACCUGGCAGUUCCUUCUUCAGGUGAGCCCAGACUGUGUGGGUAUCUGCAGAAGCAGGGGGGACCACUGAGGGCCUGGAAGCAGCGCUGGUUCACCUACGAGGAGAAGAAGAACCAGCUGUUCUACUACCGCACGCCGCAGGAUGUGACCCCGCUUGGCCGAGUGGAGCUCAGCGGUGCCACCUUCACCUACCCACUGAAGGCCGAGAAGGGCACCUUCCACAUCAAGACCCCUGAACGCACCUUCGUCCUCAAGGCCGUGACCCAGGAGCUGAUGCUCUACUGGCUUCAGCAGCUGCAGGUGAAGCGCUGGCAGCACCGACGGACCAGCUCAGACACAACAAACAACAACAACGCUACAGAUGACUUCCUGCCUGUGCUGAAGAGUCCGUUGGGUCUGGUAGGGGAGGAGGCGGCACACCUGCCGACACGGACGCCGCUAUCCAACGUGUCCAUCAAACAUCCGCUCAUCGAGAUCCAAAACUCAGUCCACAGUCUGAGAAAGAGGACAUCUCAGGAGUGGAGCCAGAGUGUGUUCCAUGUAGAAGCUCCACCGUGGAUUCCCCCAAACACUGCAGACAGCAGCAGCACGGCCAGUACACAAGCUGCCAGUAUUCCCACCGAGCCUCUGGCCCCGCCCCCUGCCCUCCCAUUGGCUGAUCCAGCAAAUCAGGUGGGUCCAGUGGAAGGCAGGGAGUCUCUGUCGCUCCUGGACAGUCCCAGCAGGAGGACAAAGGCUCGCAGCACGUCCACCAUGGCCGCCCUCCGCAGAGACACGUCGUCCUCUGAGCGUCUGCAGCAGGACAAACAGAUGCUGAUGGAGGAGGUCAAAGCUCAGAAGGAGCUGGUGUGGAUCCUCCACAAAGCCCUGGAGGCGGCUCAGCUGGAGAAGCGAACCUGCGCAGAGUUUUUGGCCGAGGAGGGCGAGCAGGAGCGCCUGGAGCUGCUGCGCCACCGCGAGCGGCAGGCGGCCGACCUGCGAGGUCGUCUGGAUGAGGCCAACAUGGAGGCAGAGGCGGCCAGGAGGAGCCUGGCUCAGAGAGACCUACAACUGGCUGAGCUGCAGGACAAUGUCCGGAUGCUGACGGAGAAGAACAACGCCAAGAAGGAGGUCAUCAUAAAGCUGUCAGACCAGGUGACCGCCUGUCUGUCCGAGCCGCGACGCUCUGCUUCACCAUCUGGCACCAGUCUGGACUCUCAGACCUUCAGACAGCUUCAGCAGGAGAUGGACAACCUCAAGGACGACAUCGAGGCCUACAAGACUCAGAACAAGUUUCUGAACUCGGAGAUCCACCAGCUGACAAAGCUGUGGAGGAAAAGCUCGGAGCAGGAAAAGAGUCUGCUGGUCAAGUGUGCGUACCUGGAGGCCACAAAUUGCCAGGCUGAAAGCCGAUACCUGGGCGUCCUGCGGAAGCUGCAGGAGGCCAAAUCUCUGGAUCCGGCGCAGCAAGAGGCCGUUCAGAAGAUGAUCGAGGACGCUCUGAGAGGAGAGCUAAAGAGCGUCACCAAGCUCAGCACGGACAGGGAUCACGACGAGUAUGGCUUCAAGAUCAUCCCAGACUACGAGGUGGAAGACAUGAAGCUGCUAGCGAAGAUCCAGGCGCUGGAGAUCCGCUCCCACAAUCUGCUGCACCAGAACGCUGUGGAGCGCCCCCUGCUGAGCCGCUGGGCUCACUACCUGGCCGGGAGGUCAGAACACGACCUCUGUCCGUCACCCGAGCUCAAAGUUCUGCUGCGAGGAGGCGUUCCACGGGAGUACCGGCAGAGAGUGUGGCGCUGGAUGGUCCGAGCCAGAACCAGGUCCAUCAGAGAGCACCACCCACAGCGAUACCAGCAGCUGUGUGAGAAGAGCAGAACUUCUCCUCACCCGGCCUCCAGACAAAUCCAGCUGGACCUCCACCGGACCCUGACAACCAAUCAGCACUUCUCUUCACCGUCCAGCCCCGCCCUCCAACAGCUCCGCCGUGUCCUGUUGGCCUUCUCCUGGCAGAACCCUGCCAUUGGCUACUGCCAGGGGCUCAACAGGUUGGCGGCCAUCGCUCUGCUGGUCCUCCAGAGUGAGGAGGACGCCUUCUGGUGUCUGGUGACCGUGGUGGAAGCCAUCAUGCCUCAGGACUACUACACCAAGAACCUGGUGGCCUCUCAGGCGGACCAGCGGGUGCUGAAGGACUUCAUGGCGGAGAAGCUUCCCCGACUGAUGGCUCACUUUGAGGAUCACAGCAUCGACGUGUCGCUCAUCACCUUCAACUGGUUUCUGGUGGUGUUUGUGGAGAGUCUGCCGAGCGACAUCCUGCUGCCGCUGUGGGACGCUUUUCUGUACGAAGGCACCAAGGUGAUCUUCAGGUACGCUCUGGCUCUGUUCAAAUACAAAGAGGACGACAUCCUGAAGAUCCACGACAGCGUUGAGAUCUACCAGUACCUGCGCUUCUUCACAAAGACCAUCUCCAACAGCAGGAGGCUGACGAGCAUCGCCUUCAGCGACAUGAACCCAUUCCCGCGCCGCCUGCUCAGGAACCGCCGCAUGCUUCACCUGGAGCGCCUGCAGGGGGAGCUACGAGAGCUGGAGGAGCAGCAGAGGGAGUUUGUCACAGAGAGCGCUGAACGCAAAGACAAAGAGCUAGACAUCGCAGUGAGCGAAGAUGACGACGAACUCUGAAGCCUCCAGGACACAGAUUAUGUUAAAUAAGUAGGUUAGACGAACAGGUGAGAUCAUUUUCAAGAGUUUAUAUGAGCACGUUUUUUUUUUUUUUGAAUGAGUGGACGUGAACAUGUAAACUCAUUCAUGUAAGCUUUUUUAUAUAAACAAGUUUAUAGUAUGGUGUGAGUUAAUAUGAAUGAGUAUGUAUGAACAUUUUUACUUUGCCAAGCACAAAGCGGAGUUAUGUGAUGAUUGGUGUACGUUUGUCCAUCUUAUUCCGUCUGUGUGCAACAUUACUCAAAAACGGAUAAACAGAUUUCGAUUAAAUUUCCAGUGAAGGUCAGAAAUGACACAAGGACCAAGUGAUCAGAUUUUGGCAGUGAUGAGGUUUAUAGUCUGGAUCCUUGGAUUUGUUAAAGAUUUCUGUAUCAUUGCAAGAUAGCGGCACAGCAUCAGUGUAACCAUGACAACAAGUGAACACUACAUGAUCACAUGAUUGUGAUCCUACGACAAAUCCACCGCUGAGGACUUAUCAGGACUUAUCCGUUCGAAAUAAGUCUUGAUACCUAAAUACCUCUGAUUCUUCUGACAGGUAACCAUUAAACUGUUGGGGUGUUUCUGAGUCCCAUCAAUUCCUGCCGUCUGCUACAUAUUUAGGUCAUGUGAUUCAGUAUCCGUACAUAACGUACACAUGCAGAACACACGCCUGUGCUCAGUACAAAGUCAUUGUGUUUGUGGGUUCAUCUAUAUUAAAUGGACACAUUCCAUGGUGCUGUGAUUUCUGAUCAUCAAUAACUAAUAAACAAAUGCUGCAUUUCUGACAUACGGGGGAAUGUGCAGCCUUGGAGGAGGACUGAUCUCUCUAAGUCCUUUUCUAGUUAUAUAAAUGUUUAUAUGAACAAAUUUAUAUGAAUGAGUGAGAUCAUAUGAAUGAAUGAGUUUAUAUGAAUAUGUUUAUAGGAACAUAUGAACAUAAUAUGAAUGAGUGAGGUUUAUAUGAAUGUUAGGGAAUCAUUAACAAUUAAGGUUUAUAUGAACAUGUGAGAGUUAAAUGAGUGAAUGAGAUUAUAUGAAUGUGUAAGGUAUGUGUGUUACAUGAAUGAGUUUCUGUGAAUGUGUGGAGUCUAAAUGAGCGAGCUUCAUGUAAAUGUCUCACUCGUAUGAAACAAUGAGGUUUAUAUGACUGAGGUUACAUGCAUGUCUAAGUUUCUAUGAACAUGUGAGGUUUAAAUCAUGAUGUGAGGUUUAUGUGAACGCAUGCUUUCUAACUAAAUUACCUGACUCAUCAGGUAAGGAGGUCAGGUUAUGUUUGCCAGAGUUUCUCACUUGAUGGUAUUAUUUGUACUUUUCAGGCUACAGUUGAAAUUGAACUUUGACAAAGUUUCCACAAAUUUCCAUCAUGAUCAUAUUUUCAUGUGCACAUUAUACUUUUGGAAAACCUGCAGUGCUCUUCUGGAUAUCUAGAUGAAUUCUGGCUUGUUUGCUCGCUGCUGCAGUGGAUUUAAGCCAUAGAUGGAUGGAUAAUUUCUGAAUUCUGUGAUUCUUAAGGCUAGCUCAGACUACUGUGGUUUCAGACGGAUUUACUCCCAUUUCAGUCUUCCAGAAUCCUGGUCUGAGAUCUUGGUCCGAAGCAGUGUUGGUCCAGGUUGUUAGGUAAUGUGAAGUGUUUACAGGAUCAAACUGAACUUUCUGAACAGCUGCGGACUCAAAGAUUGUCGAGAUAAUAUCAAAUAUGUUUAAAAUGUGGAUGGUUGUCCAGGCUCUGCUAAACAUGCUAGCCCUUGAAGCUAGUGCUCCAGAUAAUAAUCCUCUAAAUCAACAGACGUUUCUGUCCCAUGUUUCCUCACUGAGGGCUCAUUUUCACUGCAAUAUAAAGUCCUGCACAGGAAUGGAAACCAAACAACCACAGCUGUUACAUUUUUGACUAGUUUCCAUACUUGUCUCCUCUUUACUUGAAAAGCAGGAAACACUGCCUGCAGUUCAGUCAGAAACUCUCCAGAUUUUUCACUUUUAGUCACAGCUGAGUCAGAGAAUCAGUUGUGCUGAGGAGUUAAACUUUUUGGGUUUUUAUUGAAUCUGGUUACUGCAAGUAAUUAUUUUUGGCCAUUUUUUGAAUGAGAAAUUUAUGUAGAACAAAGUGAUUUUCAUGAAAUAUCACAAGGUGAAGCUCAGAUUUGGUGAAUUUUCCUGAUAGAACCUCAGGACCCACAUGAUUAGUUCAUGGACUGUCAGAAAGUUGAAAAUCUAUUGAUGAUUUACAGUUUGGGGCUGAAAAACAGUGUUUUGUUAGUGCAUGGUAGUUGCACAACAGUCUCCCUUUAGUUUUCUAAAUCUGCUUCCUCAUGAGGUGCUGCUCUGCUCUCUGGCUGAACCACAACAGUAUUCAUUUUUACAGUGUCGGAGAUGAGAAGAAAAAAUAUCUGCAAAGUUUGUUUUUAUGAUGCUUCUGAUGUCAAAGUUUCAACCCCCUUGCGAAGUAAGCCCAACUUCAGCCACAAACAUUUUAAGUUAAAAUUAAAUAUCACAUGAUAUAAAUUUCCCACAAACUAAUUUGUUUAACCAAAUAUGAACUUGCUUCAAAUUUGCCUUUACAUUGCCAAAGUUUUACUUCAACUGUCUGCCAGAAACCUGAAAUUUUCCAGGAUAACGUUGGGGUUCAUUUCUGACUAAAGCUAAUUAAACAUCCCAAAAACACUGCUGGCUGAGUUCAGCCUCAAACUGUUAGCUCUGUGCCAACGGUCUCUCAUUGAUUCUUCCUUUGUUCCAGCUGAAUUUCCAAAUGAUGACAAACAGUUAUUUCUACAAACAGCUGUAGCAGCAGGUGAUUAAAUCCUCAGUAAGAAAGCAUGCUAACAUGAACUCACCUGCUUUAUUUUAACGUGUUAGAAAAGCAAAGUAGAAAAUAAGCAAGUUGAAGCUCACAGGUUUUGGUUAUCUGAUGGUACAUAGUGUGACGUAUUCUAUAGGUGGUAAUCUUUCCAUUUCUGAUGAAUGCUCACAUGACAACACUGACGUUUAUUUUUACUAUGUUAGGAUGGAUGUGCACUCCUGCUGAAUAUUAUGUAUAUUUUUUGUUCAAGUGUGUUUUCUCUGGGUUUUCUAAAUAAAUAUUCUUUGAUUUAAA